AUGGGGGAACGCGAGCAGGUAAGGCCAUUAGCCCCGGCUGCGGACCGCCAAAGCAGCGACGAAGAAGGAGCUCCUCAACACCAUAAGAAACGAAGUAGAAAAUGUGUCCAAUGCUGUGUAUUCGUCACCUCCAUAUUUGUGAUACUAGUCAUAGCGAUCAUAGUUUUGCGUUUCACUGUCUUUCGUGUCAAAGACCCAAUCAUCAAAAUGAACGGCGUUACGGUCACUCAGCUAGAGCUAACUAAUGGCACAAUUCCUAAGCCAGGGGUGAACAUGUCCCUAAUUGCAGAUGUAUCAGUGAAAAAUCCCAACGUAGCAUCAUUCAAGUAUGAGAACACCACCACAACCCUCUACUACCAUGGCCAGAUGGUUGGUGAGGCUAGAAACGGACCGGGCCAUGCGAGGGCCGGACGCACCGUAAGGAUGAAUGUUACUGUGGACAUCAUCCCAGACCGGAUCAUGUCAAGCCCAGAUUUGAAUGCUGAUUUGAGCUCCGGGCUGUUGUCCCUGACCACCUACACAAGAGUUCCAGGAAGGAUGAAAAUAGUGAUCGUCGAGAGGAAUAUCGUUGUGAAGAUGAAUUGCAGCAUGAUGCUUAAUAUUACAAAUCAGCAAAUUCAGACGCAGAAGUGCAAGCGGAGAGUUGAUUUUUAG